AAUUUUGAUUUGAAAGUUUGUCCGGAAGCUAGUGCCAUCUGUGUUGUUCACUCUCUUGACGCAGCUCCGUACGUACCAACGCUGCCAUCACUGUACCUGGAUGAGAACGUCCUGAAAUCCUGCUGUGCUCCCCUGCACCGGAAUGGAGCGUGCCAGGCCAGAGAUACGACACUGUCAUCCCUCAGCUGCAGAAAUCCUGCUUGGUCGUUAACUCUGAAGGGCAGCAAAAAACAUACAGGUGUCCCACGACUACAGGUUGCUGCCCGGGGAAGAGAGGAGGGGUCUGGCCGCAUCUAUUGCCUGGAUGAAUUCAUUAAAACGUUAGCAUCCAGGUAGCUAGCUGUAGUCCCAGGUACCUAACGUAACCUCGGGGUUUAAACCGAAAAUCACGUAUGUCAGCUCUCGUUUCUGGUGGACAGUGCUCCACACGAGUCUGCUGAUAACGGGGUGAUAUAUCACGUCCGGAGAGGAAGACGGACCUAAAAGGUGCGUGGAUGGGUCUAAUGUAAGGGUCGGGAGCUAGCGGGCUAGCUUCAUGGAAACAGUAUAGUCUGCAGAGCGUAGCUUGUCGCUACACACCCUCCUAGGCUAAUAUGGAUGGCCUGAUUCCCACUGAGUCUCACGGUGUCUCACAUCAGUAAAUACAAUGAGAACACUGUUUUCCAUAGACAGCUAGAGGGCCGACGCGAUAAUGGAGUCUUUCUUGCAGAUAGCUCCCCACUCCCUGGCUAUAGUGCUGUCCAGGGUCGGGGCUGGGGAGGCGAUGGGGGCUGCCGGGGUAUCAGAGAGCGACGAGCUGCCGAGGCACCACACUGGCUAUGAGAUUUUUGCUGACUUCAAAGCAGAAAAUACCCAGCAGCAUGUGUGGAACCAACGGAUUACCGAAGCAGUGUCCGAUACCUUCUUCCUCGGCUGGAUAGACGAGCAUGUGCUACUGAUCCAGGGGAAGGAGGACCACCUGGAGGUGCUGAGGGAGGGAUGGAUGCGGAGGUCCCUCAAUCCGCCUCGGGGAUUCACUAUCAAAUACCUGGGUGAUGUGUCACCCAUCAGUAUGUCCCCCAUCAGCCAAUCGCAGUUCAUCCCUUUGGGAGAGGUAUUGCUAUUGGCUAUCUCUGCUAUGAACUCCGCCCAUAAGCCUGUCACUCAGGAGGCCCUUACUGAACACCUGCAGACAUGUUUUCCAGGUGUUCCUACGCCAACGGAGGAGGUUCUGCACCACACGCUAAGCAUGCUGAUCCGUGAGCGGAAGAUCUACCCAACACCUGAUGGAUAUUUUAUUGUAACCCCUCAGACAUACUUUAUCACUCCGAGUCUAAUCCGAACCAGCUCCAAGUGGUACCAUUUAGACGAGCGAUCUGUUGACCGACAUCAGCAGCAGCAACAUCAGAACAGACAGCAGCAUCAGCAGACACAGUGCACCUCCCCUCUCUCUGGCACCAUCACCCCGUCCACCUCUGGAGGCGUGCGAGAUCGAACACACCCAAAGUCCAGCCAAAACCACAGUGGAGGAGGUGGGGAUUCUUUUUACAACAACCCUUAUCGUGGAGACGACCCCCCAAGCCAUCACACUACCCUGCAACGCCGUUCCCCCAAAGACCACCGCGAAGUGUACUCGUCCCCGCACUCCCCACAAACACCUCCUCAGCAAACAGGAGGCAACGCAGAAAAGAGCCGCAGCACCCUCGGGUUCCCUUUCAAGACGGACACGCUAACCAAGCACCGAGGCGGGGGAGGCAGUGGCGUAGGAGCAGGUGGGGGAGGAGGAACUGCAGAGAUAGAGAAGCAAGCCGGUGGAGGAAGCAGUACAGGAAGUCGGAAGUUUGGUUUGAAGCUGUUCCGUUUGAGCUUUAAGAAGGACAAGGCUAAGCAGUUGGCCACCUUCUCUGCACAAUUUCCCCCUGAGGAGUGGCCGCUCCGUGAUGAGGAGGUGCCCAGCCAGCUGCCACGCCAAAUAGAGAUGGAGAUCAUCCGCAGAAUCAACCCUGACCUUACCGUGGAGAACCUUGCCCGGCACACAGCGGUUAUGAAGCGUCUCGAAGAAGAGCGUGCUCAGAGGAGCAAAGCAUCGUCAGCCAAUCAGAGCUCUAGGAGUAGGAGAAGUGGGGGUAGACACAGGAAGCAGUCCCAGACCAAACUCAGUCGCUCACAUAGCAAGACGAGGGUGUGCCGUGGUGAUCCUAGCGACGAUUCCCACCUGGACCUGGCCGACAGGGACUAUAGAGCCCACUCGUCCUCACUGGCUCGGUCACCAAGGGAGCAUGCCCUGGCCAUGGAGCGGCAGCGGGCCCGGCUUCACCUGGCACACAGCAACCCCAACAUCCUUGACUCCUCCCACUUGCCUGUCACACCAGAAUGGGAUGUGUCUGGAGAGCUCGCCAAGCGACGCACAGAAAUGCCUUUCCCCGAGCCAAGCCAUGGCCCAUCAGCCCACCACUCAAAAGUCCACCGCUCACACUCCCACACCCAGGAGAGGAAGUCCAGGAACGAACGGAGUGACAAGGCUAAGGAACGUUCCAGAUCCAUGGACAAUUCUAAAGGACCGCUUGGAGCUGGGUUGAUUGGACCACCCGAUUAUUAUGAUGACCGGAGCCGUUACUAUACUGACGAUGGCACCCUGCGAGCCAAUCAGAGCUCUUCUCACUACUCUCGUGCCACACCCCCCUCAGCUAAGCUGCCGGGGGAUUCUCUGGGGUUGGAUGGUGGCAGGAGCUUAGAGAAGAGUAAGAGCAGGGACAGCCUGCCAGCAUACUCACCCAUACUUACUCAUACACUGCCCACCUCUGUCCAUCCUGAUGAUUACUUCCAAUGCUCUGGUUCCUCGGAGGCUGUUUUCACAGCAGCAAACCCACUCGGAACUCUGGGCAAAAGUAGCCAUGAUGGAUUAAAAGUAGGCAACGCUGACAGGCAAAUCGACAGACAGACACCCCAUCCCCCAGAAAAUAAGGAGGAUUUAAAGGUGGGACCUAAAGGUGGCAGCCUGCCUCCAAUACCCCUCUCUAUCCCUGACCCACCCCUUCCAAAUGGACGACCUCCCCAUAGUGCCUCCUCUGGUCAGGAGAAACAUAAGGAGAUCUUUAGUAAAGACACACUCUUCAAACCUCCUCCCAGCCUCCCUUUGCCUGGCUACAGCUCCUUGAGAAAACCACCAGCUCUCGCCUCUUCUAAUCUGUCCUCGUCCUGCGAUGCACUUGAUUCCCAGGAGGCCUUUGAUGCUCCCAAACCUCUGGUGGCCACAUCAUCUGCCCCCCAACAGGGGAUUGAACCCACUACCAGUGCUGCAGAGGCCUCCUUUGACUACUACAACGUCUCGGAUGACGAUGAACUCGAAGAGGGUGGGGCUAAAAGUCGAGGAGAGGACGAGAAGGCCGGGGGAGGCGUUGUUGGGAUGGGAGGAGGUGGAGCAGGCACCAUGCAGUGGCUGUUGGAGAGAGAGAAGGAGAGGGACCUACAGAGGAGGUUUGAAAGAACCCUCACCUUCCCUGGUGCUAAAGAGAACCUUCCAGAGUCCAGUCAGAACCAGCAGUCAGCCCACUCAGCUAGACUAGACAGUAUGGACUCCAGCUCUGUCACUGUUGACAGUGGAUUCAACUCACCACGAACAAGGGAGAGUUUAGCAUCUAACACCUCUUCCAUAGUGGAGAGUAACCGUCGGCAGAACCUGGCGCUGAGCCCCGGCCACCUUGGCAUCACUACCGGCAACGGUCCCCCCUUCUCCUUUCGUACCAUCCCAGAACCUGCCAGCACCCAACCAGAGAAACUCCAGAAGCCCAGCCCCUGCCUUGCGUCAAUCACCAGCGUCUAGGGGCAGAACUAAGGGCUGGGCAGGAUGCCGAGAGCCAAUGGACAGGUGCCAGAAAAAGUUCCACCCCAGGACAGGCCCACUGUGGAACUAUAGCUGUUAACACACACACACACACACACACAUACACACACACACACACUCUCACGCUCUCUCUUUCUCUGACAGAUACAAACUUAUUUAGAUAACCAGGAAACUUCUCUCUAUCUCAGACACAUGCAUACAGACACACACACAUACACACCAGGCCAGUGGGCAGAUUCUUGACCAUGUCAUUCUACAGCCCCUAGUUUACACACUGCUGUCGUGUUGUUUCAGUUACGUGGGUUCUAGUUCUGUGUGUCUGUGUGUGUGUUUGUGGGUGUGUGCGUGCGUGUGUGCGUGCAUGUGUGUGUGGGUUAUGUUUGUAUAAUCUGUAAUCUCAGGUCAUGUUAUUUCCACUCCCAUUCCAGCUGCUCCAGAUUAGUACAUCUCCCUCUAGCGGUGUGUCCCGGCAUUACACACUGAAGAGAUGCAGCUCUGUAGACUACUGUUACUGAUGGUACUCAAACUCUUACUGAUCCAGCUCUAUAUUAGUUUUGUCUCUAACAUUGACAUUUAAUACUCAUGUGAGGUUGUUAGACAGUCAAAUGAGUGACCUGCCACCAGGGCUGUUUUUACCAUAACACCGUCUGUAGAAUGAAUGUGAGCAGUUCUAUCCAUUGGGUGCCAUGAUGCCCAUCUGAACUACGUGAACACUUUCCAGAAUUUAACCAGCUUUUAACAAUCUCCUCCAGCUGUGGUUACAUAUACGGACAGCCUGAGGUGCAGCUCCAGGGAUGAGAUUUUUGAUCUCAGACUGUUCUUCCACUUUUUUUCUCUUUUUAUGUAACUCCUCAUGUCCACAGGAUGCAUCUGUGCCAUGUUUCAGCCUCAUCCCGGCUGCCAGAAACAAUCCUCUGCCAUUCCAGCCAGUGUGCCAAUGUCUACUGGACACAUGCUGUUUUUUCCACUCUACAGUCGUAGCAGGCCAGGUGUGUUUUUGAUGAACAAAUAACAUUUUAUUGAUCCCUGUUGGGAAAUUCCCAUGUCACGGCAGCACAGCAAUGGGCUGAGAAGGAAGAAAAACAGAUAGAUAACUAAUUGAAAUAAUUACAUAAAAAAUAAGAUAUUAAAGAAAUUAGGGGAGUUUGAUUUUUUUUUUAAAGGUAUAUACAGUAUAUACAUUACAAUGCCCUACACACUUUAAGUCAGUGUACAUUUAUUUAGUGUAUACACUGUAUAAAUGUGUUAAUUUUGUUAACAAAAACUAUGACUAAAUAUGUUCGUCAACGACCUUUUUUUUCUGACCACGACAAGACGACGAUGAGGUAGCAGCAGCGUCAUUAAACACUAAUUGUGACUAUCAACAUGCAAUAUCGUUGACAAAAAAGGCGAGACCAAAAGGUAGUUUAAAAAGUAAAAAUUUUACCAAAAUCUAAAUUUUCAUUGACGAAAAAAGAAGAGAUGAAAUUACGCCAACACUUACAUAAUCUAUAUAUACUACUUUGAAUGGCUCGCACUCGAAUCAUCUUUCUUCUGCUGCUGCACACCAGCAGCACACCAGCGAACCCAUAAACGCACUGCCAACAGUGCUAGACUGGACCUCACUAUGAUUGGAUAACAUACAGUGAAGGGAAAAUGGAAAAGAAUGUGAUGGCAACAAAACAGGUUAACAUUUGGACCCAUGUCAAUUAUAACACUGCCGAAAGAAAAAGUGAGUGUUUAGUAUUAUCAGGAGAGAAGCCCUGCGGCUACAAAACCACUGGGAAGAAAACUACAAACCUGAAGAGACAAUUUUAUGUUUAACAUUACUUUACUUUUAAAGCCAUAUUAAACCAACUUACUAAAGGCAGUGGUGUAACAUUAUCUAUUGGCAUCUCACACGAACAGAACAUUGCUACAUUGCUUUUUAGAUGGGGAUUUAGUCCAACUAAAAGUCAGUAGCCCAGUCAGCUACGUUAACCAAACUUACUCAAGACAGAUUUGUUUGUUUUGGUGUAUUAAACAUGCUAUUGAUGUUAAGCACACACAACUUAAUUGCCAUACACAUUUCAGGUCUUGUUGAAUUUGAAUGGGUCAAGGAUAGCUAAAUAUACUUAAUUUGCAACAUCUGGUGGUUAUUAAAAUGCAAAGCAUAUAAUGUAGAAGAUUGCUUUGGGGUUGAAUAAUGUCUGUUGGGCAGUAUUUAGCUUAGUAGUACUUAGCUUCCUUUGUGUAUAAAGAGUUUCUAAAUAUUUUCUUUACAAAUUUAUUUAAAUGGUAGUGUACGACCUACUAUAAACACUUACUGUAUAACACAAUCUAGUA